AUGCCCCCGAAGCCCGGGCGGAGCAGGCGUUGCAGAUACCUAUGCUUGGUCGCCGCAGUUGCUGUGGUCUGCAGCAGGGUAGCUUUCAUUCCAAGCACGCAGACGCCGCCCAGACGAGGCUGGCAGGUCCCGACAGCAGUGGGAUGGUGGUCACUAGCAUCAUCAGCCCAUGCUGAAGAGCAGCCAGAUGGUCUCCCCAAAGCCAACAAACUGUACACCUUCGAGGAUGCUAAGGCAGUGACGGAGAAGCUGAAGGCUGCUGGCGCAGAUGCAAACCUGCUCGAUGAGCCCGUCAGCCUCCUGCCACCCGAUCUGCCAGAAGGUGAAAAGGCCGCCGACAUGGUGCAAGACAUGACAAAGGAGGCUGUGAAAGCUUUGCUCGAAGGCGAUUUAGGUAAUGUGGCGAACAUUGCCGGGAAUAUCGUCGAAGAGGGCCUAGAGGCGGUUCAGGAUGAGGAGUUUCCCUGGGACAAGGUCGGCAUCGUCUUUUUCGGGUUCGCGCUCUUAGCAAACAGUGCGCAGUUCGUGUACCCGCUUCUGGAGGAAAUCUUAGAGGAUGAGGAAGAUGACUUCGACAGGCUGCCGAUGCCAAAGGGUGGAGCAGUUCGGCGACCGGUGGGUCAGAUCGAGGAAAUCGAUCUAAAGCUGCCUCCGAAGCCGAUGUCCGAGACCAUCGCCGAAAAAGUUGAGAAGUCGAAGAAGGUGGAGAAGAAGAAAGAGGACUUUAAGGAGCAGGACUGGAAGAAGUCAGCAUAG